AUGGGUACCCCGACCUCAGCAAGGGGGCCAUCACUUGAUGAGAUUGGUCAAUCGUUCGAACGUCAGUUAAUGCUUACAAAUCGUGAGAAGGUGGGUGUGGUCAUUGUAGCUUCUGUAAUUUUCGAUCAUUUUGUGGGAUUUAUUUAUGGCCUUGUUGCCAAAGUUAUCACGCUUCAUGACGUGAAUAGAGAUGCGUCUAUUAAGAACUUUUCCAACCAACGCCGAGUUGUUGAUAUGGAACUGUGGGCUUACCGUCACUCUUUAGUCUUGCUUGCGGAAGUGCUAGAUGAUGGUAGUCCUCAUACCUUGCCGUUAAAGUUUGGGACUUUUUGGGUUGAACUACAUGGCGUCCCGGGUUUCUGUAUGAUAGUGGCUAUUGUGAAAUCCAUUGGAGCAAAGUUGGGUGACGUGAAGUGUGUGUAUAAUCAUGAUGGGGAUGACUGUGUGGGUCGAUUCAUUCGUAUUCGGGUUCAGUUUGAUGUGGAGUUACCUCUCAUACGUCGAAUACCGAUCACUUUUUCGAAAGUUGGGGAGAGGGUGGUGGAUUUUAAAUAUGAAUACCUUUCGGAGUACUGCUUUGCUUGUGGUUCGAUUUGUCACUCGACCCAAGUCUAUGUCAAGACGCAUGAGGGCAUGGGCGUUUUAAUUCGUUAUCUUUGCAUCAGUUUACAAAUCUUCUUGGUGAACGAAUUGGGACUUCGAUCUAACAUUCCUCCCUUCCUCAAUCUACAUUGCGGGAAUCGACGGAACCAUAUGCUGGGUUCUAUUGGUAAUCUGAUGGCUCGGGUUAGGCUUCAUAUUCAUGGUGUAUGGCAAAUUGGUGAUCCCGGGCCAGUUGAUACUGCAGUUUUCCCUACUUUGCCUUCCUUGAUGUCGAUGGCAAUGAAGGAACAGAGUGCGUCGCAAGUUAAGGCUGUGAACCAUCGGCACCCUUAA